UGAUGGGAGUUGUAGUCCAACAACAACUGGGAUGAGACGGUUGAGCUGGGUAGGAAAGUGCUGAAAGAACAGCCGAUGGCAAAGGAACGGGGUGGGGUGGGGGAGUAGCAGGGGCGGCUCUCUGCCCCCCCCCACUUGCCUUCACAUCAAUGUGGGGCAGGCGGGCCAAGCCAGUGCUCUGGGGGUGGGGGCUUGCUCUGCCUUCUUCCCUCCCCCCUAGUCCUGAGUCACCUCCAGCCAGGACAGCCAGACCUCUCCUCCACUCCUCUGCUGCCAGGAACGUGGUGCCCCAUCUUGGCCUCCGGACUGCAGCCGCUCUGCCUCCAGGAGCAGCAGACUGGGGGACGUGCUCAGCCAGGCCUUGCCCUUUCCAGCUCCUCCGGUCCUGGGAUAUUUUUAGUGCCCAGGGGAGUCCGGGAGGGAAAGGGGGCCAGGCGGGGGAGGCCAGACAGGGGGUCACUUGGAGUUCUUCUCUCCCAGACUCCUCCCCACCCAGCCAGGCCGCCACGACUCGGCAAGUCCGAUGCCCACGGAGUUCCCAGCAAGCCCUGGGUUGGAGCAUCGCUCCAGAACCAGAGUUCCAAGGAAUGCCUGGGAAGACUCGAUCUCUGGAGAAAGGAGGGUGGUGGGUAUUCCGAGGGCCCCUUCGACCCGGCCAGGUCCCCCUUCAGCCACCCUGCCAAGCAGGCAGCCAGGCCUUUCAAGGCAGGCGUGUCUGGGUGGUGGGGGAACUCGAGUCCAUGUUUCUGCAGAAUCAGGAGCCGGGGGGAGGGCAGCUUUUCUCGAACAGAGAUCGCAGCCUCGGGUGGGUCUCCGGUUGUGGUGGUGGUUGGGCUAUCACCCGCCCCUCCCAUCAUCUCCUGAUCACAACGGCCAUUGUGGCAGGGCAUGAUGGGAGUUGUAGUCCAGCCACAUCUGGGGAGGACCCAAGGAUGAGAACCCCUGCUUUAGAGGGAUGAACAGAAGGGUGCGGUUUUGCAAUGGUGGGCAUAGAAGGCCUGGCAGGUUCUGAGGCUGGGCUGCCUCCGCGAGCCUCUGAACUGCCCCCCUCCCCCUCCCCCACCUGCCUCUGCUGUCCUGCUCCAAAAGGCUCCUUCCUCCUCGUGAAGGUCUCUGGUCAGUCCAGGCAAGAUACCUUUGCAAGACCUGAGCCAAGCAAGCUGUGAGCCCUCCGCUCCUCGGCCAGUUAUCAGAAGCGAAAUAAGUCCUGCAGAACCUGAGCUGAGCACUGCCGGCUUUGCUCCUGGUGCCCAGCACCUCGUGGCCAUCAUGGAGCGUACUGGGACUCCAACACGGGGGGGGGGGGAGAGCUGAGGGAAGCUUCUGCUGGCACCGCAGUAGAAGCCGCCUCUUCUGUGUGGGCAUUUGGCAACCUGUGUCGUGUGGCCCAGGUGGCAGCACGGGCAAGGUCCGGGUCUGCUUCCCGGGCUGCCCGCCUCCCUCCCUCCCACCCACCUCUCACUCCCUUCUCUCCCCUCGGGUCCUUCCCCCUUGAGAGAGGAAGCAGAAGGGGGGGGAGGCUGGUGGUGGAGGAGAUUGCCUUGGGCAUGUGAUGUCAACGCCAAGGGAGCCUUUCUGGGGCUGGGGUUUCCGGGCCUGCUGGGAGGCUGCCUGGCCUUGGCCGGCGGGGGCCCCCCAGCAGCAGGGCUAUAAGAGCCGUCCCUCUCCUGCUGGUCGCUGGGCAGCCUUGGGGAGGGACGAGCAGAGGCCGCAGAGGGUGCUGACUUGGGGGUCCUCUCCGGUGGCAGCGGCAGCGGCAGCGGAGAUGGGGGCCCACAGCCGGCUGAGGCCUUGCUCCGCUCACCGCAGCCUUUCUCGCUCCUUCUGGCUGGGGCGGCCCUGCCUCUCGGUGGCCCCAGCCGUGGCCACGGAGCCGGCCCCUUCCAAGGCACUGCCCUUCGAGGCCAUCCCACACAACGGCCACAACGCCUGGCUCAACCUCUACCAGUUCUGGAGGAGCAACAGCUUCCAGAACUUCCACCUCGUCAUGCAAAGGAACUUCCAGAGCCUGGGGCCCAUCUACAGGGAGAGGGUCGGCACCUACGACUGCGUCAAUGUGCUCCUGCCCCAGGAUGCGGCCCAGCUCUUCCAGUCCGAGGGCGUCUUCCCCCGCCGGAUGGGCAUUGAGUCGUGGGUCGCCCACCGCACGCUGAGGAACCACAAGUGCGGCAUCUUCCUCUUGAAUGGGGAGGAGUGGCGUUCGGACCGGCUGGUCCUCAACAAGGAGGUGAUCAGUCCUCUGGGCACCCGCAAGUUCCUGCCCUUCCUCAACACGGUGGCCGAGGACUUUGUGGACUUCAUGCACCGGAAGGUCAGGAAGAACACCCGCCGCUCGCUGACCGUUGACCUCUACCACGACCUCUUCCGCUACACCCUGGAAGCCAGCAGCUAUGCCGUCUAUGGGGAGCGGCUGGGCCUUCUGGAGGAGAGCCCCAACGCGGAGUCUCAGCAGUUCAUCAGUGCGGUGGAGACCAUGCUCCGGACCACGCUGCCCCUGCUCUUCAUCUCGCCAGGCAUCAUGCGCUGGGUCAACAACAAGCUCUGGCAAGACCACAUGGACGCCUGGGACACCAUCUUCAAGCACGCUGACAAAUGCAUCCAGAACAUCUACCAGGAGUUCUGCCUGGGGCAGCCACGCAAGUAUUCUGGGAUCAUGGCCGAGCUGCUCCUGCAGGCAGAGCUGCCCCUUGACUCCAUCAAGGCCAACAUCACAGAGUUCACGGCAGGCGGGGUGGACACGACAGCCAUGCCCCUGCUCUUCACCCUCUUUGAGCUGGCCCGCAACCCACAAGUCCAGACGGCCAUUCGGGAAGAGAUCCAGGCUGCCCAGGCCCAGGGGCCGAGUGAGCUCUCCAAGGUGCUGAACUGCCUGCCGCUACUCAAGGGGGCGAUCAAGGAGACUCUGAGGCUCUACCCUGUGGGCAUUACUGUCCAGCGCUACCCGACACGAGACGUGCUGCUUCAGAAUUAUUGUGUGCCGGCUGGCACCUUGUGCCAGGUGGGGCUCUACGCCAUGGGCCGCAGCCCCGAGGUGUUCAGGGAGCCGGAGCGCUACGACCCGAAGCGCUGGCUGCGCAGGGAGGACAACAGCUUCAAGGCCCUGGCCUUCGGCUUCGGGGCCCGGCAGUGCAUCGGCCGACGCCUGGCCGAGUCGGAGAUGAUGCUCUUCCUCAUGCACGUCCUGCGGAACUUCAAAAUUGACACGGUGUCCAAGGCAGACAUUAAGACAGUCUUUGGCUUCAUCCUCAUGCCAGAGAAGCCGCCUCUGCUCACCUUCCGGCCCAUCGACUAGGCAAGGAGCCGCACCUCCCCCUUGGCAUCCUCCUCCAGCAGGUUGACUGGACAAUGGAAGGCCAGACAGAUGGACACACACACACACACACACACACACACACACACACACACACACACACACUCAGACAGCCACGCUGGACCUCCCCCUCCCUUUGCCUCCACCCGCCUUAUCCAGAGGCAUUCCCCCUCCCCUCCUUAGUUUGGGCUGUCCCCAGAUGGCUUUGUUAUGACUAGCCAGCUAGAUUGAGACGUCCGUCCUUGGACAAACCAGCCAGCCAGCCAGCCAGCCAGCCACAGAUGCCCAGCUGGCCAUGCCCAAGGCUUCUCCUUCCCUUUCAUGGCACAAGAAGGUUGUGCUCCACUGAGAACUCCUCCUGGCUGCAUGAUGAGGCUCUUUCCCAUUGAAAUGGGCUUAGGCAGGAGAACGUCCAUGUGGCUUGUGCCUUUCUGGCUCAGUUCUUGUGUCGGGUCCUGGCCUGAGGCAACACUCCCCCCCACACACACACUUAUACAUCAUUAUGGCACACCCAUGGCUGCUCAGAGUGCUGGGUAGGAGGGGGCGGCACGGAGCUCCUGCCCUCCUUCUCACUGUGUGGAGGAUGAGCAACACGGCCCACUUUGCCACCUUGCCGAAGCCAGGUUGUGUGAUCUAGGGCAAGCACUGAAAUUGCACCCCCUGUCCAAACAUCUGACAUCCAUCUUUCAGUUUACUUUACCAUAAUAGCAGCUGAAAAAUACAAGUCAAGCUCAUUAAUCUUUUAAUAUUUCAAAAACUAUUCAGCAGUGGACGUAGCCAGACCAAAAAAUGCUGGAAAACUACAAAUUUCAGUAUGCUGGGGCUCACGAAAUACCCAAAUACUAUGUGGAGGUGUACUUGGAAAACUAAACAGAAGUGCCUGUCUAAUUCUCUACUAUGCAUUGUAGCAUCACUAUUACAUGUUUUAAAAAUAAAUGGAGAAUUUGGCUUUUCCCAGAUACUCUGAAAAUAAUUAAAGGAUAUGCAGAGUUAA